AUGUCCCUGGGCAGAGACAUGGAGCUGGAGCAUUUCGACGAGCGGGACAAGGCGCAGAGAUACAGCCGGGGCUCGCGGGCCAACGGGCUGCCCAGCCCCACGCACAGUGCGCACUGCAGCUUCUACCGGACGCGCACGCUGCAGACGCUCAGCUCCGAGAAGAAGGCCAAGAAGGUGCGCUUCUACCGCAACGGGGACCGCUACUUCAAGGGCAUCGUCUACGCCAUCUCCCCGGACCGCUUCCGGUCCUUUGAGGCCCUGCUGGCGGAUUUGACCCGAACUCUGUCGGAUAACGUGAACUUGCCCCAGGGAGUGAGAACCAUCUACACCAUCGAUGGGCUCAAGAAGAUUUCCAGCUUGGACCAGCUGGUGGAAGGAGAGAGCUACGUGUGCGGCUCCAUCGAGCCCUUCAAGAAGCUGGAGUACACCAAGAACGUCAACCCCAACUGGUCGGUGAACGUCAAGACCACCUCCGCGUCGCGGCCCGUGCCGUCGCUGGCCACGGCCAAGGGCGGCCCUUCGGAGGUGCGGGAGAACAAGGAUUUCAUCCGGCCCAAGCUGGUCACCAUCAUCCGGAGCGGGGUGAAGCCGCGGAAGGCGGUCCGGAUCCUGCUGAACAAGAAGACCGCGCACUCCUUCGAGCAGGUGCUCACUGACAUCACCGACGCCAUCAAGCUGGACUCGGGGGUGGUGAAGCGCCUGUACACCCUGGACGGGAAGCAGGUGAUGUGCCUUCAGGACUUUUUUGGUGACGAUGACAUUUUUAUUGCAUGUGGACCAGAGAAGUUCCGUUACCAGGAUGAUUUCUUGCUAGAUGAAAGUGAAUGUCGCGUCGUGAAGUCCACAUCUUACACCAAAAUAGCUUCGUCGUCCCGCCGGGGUGCCGCCAAGAGCCCGGGGCCGUCCCGGCGCAGCAAGUCGCCGGCCUCCACCAGCUCAGUUAAUGGGACGCCUGGGAGCCAGCUGUCCACUCCGCGCUCGGGCAAGUCACCGAGUCCAUCGCCGACCAGCCCGGGGAGCCUGCGGAAGCAGAGGAGCUCCCAGCAUGGCGGCUCCUCCACCUCCCUCGCGUCCACCAAAGUGUGCAGCUCGAUGGAUGAGAACGACGGGUCUGGAGACGGCGAUGUGUCGGAGGAAGGCUUCCAGAUCCCGGCCACCAUCACCGAGCGCUACAAAGUCGGGAGGACAAUAGGGGAUGGAAACUUCGCUGUCGUCAAGGAGUGCGUGGAGAGGUCUACGGCGAGGGAGUAUGCUCUGAAAAUUAUCAAGAAAAGCAAAUGUCGAGGCAAAGAGCACAUGAUCCAGAACGAGGUGUCCAUCCUAAGAAGAGUGAAGCACCCCAAUAUCGUUCUUCUGAUUGAAGAGAUGGAUGUGCCAACGGAACUGUAUCUCGUCAUGGAGUUGGUGAAGGGAGGCGACCUCUUCGACGCCAUCACUUCCACGAACAAAUACACCGAGCGAGACGCCAGCGGGAUGCUGUACAACCUGGCCAGCGCCGUCAAGUACCUGCACAGCCUGAACAUCGUGCACCGCGACAUCAAGCCCGAGAACCUGCUGGUAUAUGAACACCAGGACGGCAGCAAGUCCCUGAAGCUGGGGGACUUCGGCCUGGCCACCAUCGUGGACGGCCCCCUGUACACCGUCUGCGGCACCCCGACCUACGUGGCUCCGGAAAUCAUCGCGGAGACCGGGUACGGCCUCAAGGUGGACAUCUGGGCGGCCGGCGUGAUCACCUACAUCCUGCUCUGCGGCUUCCCUCCGUUCCGCGGAAGCGGCGAUGACCAGGAGGUGCUGUUUGACCAGAUUUUGAUGGGGCAGGUGGACUUCCCUUCUCCCUACUGGGAUAACGUCUCUGAUUCCGCAAAGGAGCUCAUCACCAUGAUGCUGCUGGUCGACGUGGAGCCGCGGUUCUCCGCCGUGCAGGUCCUCGAACAUCCCUGGGUAAACGAUGAUGGCCUCCCAGAAAAUGAACAUCAGCUGUCAGUAGCUGGGAAGAUCAAGAAGCAUUUCAACACCGGCCCCAAACCGAACAGCACGGCGGCUGGCGUUUCCGUCCUAGCAACCACCGCUCUUGAUAAGGAGAGGCAGGUUUUCCGACGAAGACGCCACCCGGAUGUGAGGAGCCGGUACCCGGCGCCGCCAGCUCCGCCCGAGCUCAACUCGGAGUCCGAAGACUUCUCCCCGAGCUCCUCCGAGACCGUGCGCUCCCCCAACUCGCCCUUUUAACGAGCCCCUCGCCCUCCGAGUCCUAGCCUGACCCUCCGCGCCUCGGGGACGUUUUCCCAAAUUUAUUUCCGUGAAGCAGUUCCAUCCGAUCUCUCCGGCACGCGACACCCGAGCGGCAAAACAGCGGGUGUGUUUUAGGGCCUCUCCGUGGCGACCUCCCCCGGCUGCACCCGGCGAUGGCAUGUUCUGCGUGAGGACGGUGACUUGCCGUGCAUAGGGUCCUCAAGGGGUUAAGGCGACUUGGCGACUCCUUACACCCAAAAGCAAUGACUCUUUUCCUCUGUCAAGCUCGUGUGUAAUACGCACACGUUAACCCUCUGAGUGCAUGGAUUGCGUGUGGACGCCCCGCGGGGCAUCCCGCAGGCCUGUGGACGUAUGCACACGUGUCUUGGUUUUGCUGCAGAUCAAGGUGUGUUUUCAGAUGCUGAGCUCUGGACGAGAAAGACACCCGGAAUAAUAGCUCGCUUGUCCUUCCCUGUAGGUUCAGAAUGUGGCAGGUUUAUACCGCAGGCAGAAGCCCCCCUGUCUCCUCCUCCCGAUCCGAUUAAGAAAGAGCCUUUUUCCGUAUGACUGGCAGCUGCCAUGAGUCCCGCAGCCCGAGCGGAGGGAACCGAGUCUGUGGCAAACAGCCUGAUAUCCACCCCCAAAAAAGGUGCCCCUCCCCCUCCACCCUGUUCCCCUAUAAAGAUGUGCUGAUGACGCCCCAGAAAUGCUGCUUCCACCUCAGCUGCUGCUGGCGCGGGCGCGGACCUCGGGCAGCCUCCCGCCUGGGCUCGCGCCUGCUGAGGGAGGGUCUCGCUGUGGGACAUCUCCGGGAAAGGCCAAACAAAACAACAACUGGUGGACAAGAGCAAUAAACUGCCAGGUGCUCUCUAGGGCUGGAAUUUCAAACAGAGGAAACCAGAUCCUGGUCUUUUUCUCACCUGCUUUUUCCCGUGCUGCCGUCUUCAGUGUGACAUCCGUCCCGAGUGCCGAAUCCUUACACGGGAGCCCCGGGCUUGGCAAGGCAGCCAAGGAGAAAGCACAGUGAGAAAACUGUCCAGAGCAUUUCUAAAAUGGCUUUGAAGGAAAUGGACCACCGGUGAGGCUGUUCCGUGUGUACCUCUGGGUUCCCUACUAGACUCUCCUGGGCAGAGCAGAAGAUGACAGGGAGCGCUUCGGGGGCCAGACCCCCCGCCCCCAGGUGCCCUUCCUGCAGGCCUCCGUCUGCUGCUGUCCAGAGGGACAGGUGGUUUUCCUCUCUGGGUUGCGUGCCGUGUGAGACCUGCACCUUCCCUCCCGUUCCUGUCGAGCUGCUGCUGGGACGGACGUCGCCGCGAUGCGUAGGAGAGAGGCCGGCCGGGGGCCGCGGAGGCAGGUUUGGUUUGCUCGGUGUGUGACCCAGGAGACCCACGAGUGCCGCCUUGUGCCGUUUGCAUCCGGAUGGCUGGCAGCGCGUCCCGUCUCUGUGUUGACUCUAUUCCGCUACCUGCCGGUCUUCGGCCUUCCUAGAGUCAGUUCUUACUUUCAAAUACACAUUGGUCUUCAAUGGCUGCUUUUUACCCUUUGACUCAUGGACUGUGGGCUCUGCUAAUAGAGGUGUUAGGAUCCCAUCAUGUCAUGAUUUUUGCAUCGUGGCUUUCUCAGUUUUUUGCUCUUCCCCCUUCAGGUUUACUCCUCCUUUGGACUGUGUCGUCCUGACAUGUGAACAGUAGGUUAUUUACUGAGAGUCCCCUCCUUCAGAGAGUCCUGAGACCGUAACGCGCCGCGUCGCCGCGUCGCCCGGCUCAGUCAGGUCUGGAGCAGGGGCGCAGGGCAGAACACCAGGAAGGGUGUCGCUGCGUAGAAAGAGUCCGCAUCAGUCAAGGAGCCUGACUAGGUCAGAAAUCCCUGCUUUCUCUAGAACGAUAAAGCGAAGCACUGCUCUGAGUGGCAGCAGAGUAGCCACGCAGCGUGGCCUCGGCUCCAGCUGCGGGGACACAGAGGAUAGCGACCCGCCGGCCGCAGGCUGCGCGCGCCCUUUUCCCUCCGAGUCGCGGCUUUCCCCGCGGGCGUUAAGGGCGGCGCUCCAGCAUCCAGCGCACAGAACGCAUGGCGCAUGGCUCCGGCCCUUCCCCCUCCGCGUCUCCGGGGGCCGGGGACCCCGUGAGGCUGUGCGGGGUUUCCCAGCACACGACAGAGGGCGGCGUGGCGCCCGUCCAGCGUGGAGGGCCCAGCACCUCGCCGCAGGGUGUGGGGCCCACACUGAAUCCACAGUGGGGUGUGGCCUGUCAAGGAGAAACAUCAAGUGACCAGAUGGAAAGCCAUCUCUCAGCAUCGCGCGAUCAGGACCCUUGCCGCCGGGGACGUGGCACCCAGAGGGUUAACCGACAAGCACAAGGCAGGCUGACAGCGUGGGUGUGUCCGGGCUGCCUGGCCUUCAGCCAGCGCUUUCUCGUCUUUCUUUUUUCCUGACAUUCUCGGGAUAGUUCGAGUCUGAAAUAAUGAAGUGGUGGUGUUCUUUAAGGAAUUCCUCUGACCAAAUGGAUCUUGUUUUUUUCCCCAGUUUGUCAUCGAAUAAACAUGUAUCAUUACGGCAGUGUAUCUCUGUAAUUAUCGAUUCGAUCAUUGCCGCACGUGUUGCCACAUUUUUUCUCAGUAGUGAAUCGCGCUCUCGCGGUGGUGGUCUGGGGACAGGGCUGUCUUUCCUUUGGCAACACAGGACCGGCCAUGUGGUAUUUUCAAGGGAGUUUUAAGAUUCGACUUUUCCAUUGGGUGGUAGGCUAGUUGGGAAAGGACUCUUUCAUUCCUCGCCUUGUGUGCGUCCUCUGUAGAUGAGAACUGUUCCUAGCGAUGAACGCGUUUCUUCUGACGUUGUAGCAGAAAUCAUUUUACUCCUCACAGUCGACGAAUGUGUGCUUUGCUCCCACCUGUUAGAAGGAAACGUAAGAUUUCAGUCCCUGGAAAUGUUUUUACAGUAGCCCUCAUCUAACUUACACAUGGUGCAUAUUAAAAUAAGCAGAGACAAAAAUGCCAAUAAACAACUGAAAACGCUUGGUGUUUUGUAUUCAGUGAGACUCGUGUGGCCUGCCGGCGGCCCCCACCCCACCCGCCCCGGG